UUCGAUAAUGGUACUCGGUACACAAGUGCAUGAUCGAGCGAGAGCGGGCAUGCGCUGUAUUGACUGAUGACGUCACACAUUCCUUUUACAGCGGACUGUCCAGAUCAGACAGUUCUGAAAUCGCUCUACCUGUUCGUAGUCCAGCAUGGUGGCGUCGGCCGGUACGGGAGCGAGGGUGCCUGCCGCUCUCCCCAGGAUUCUCAAGGACUACACGAAGGCAGCCAUUCGGACGCAGCCGAAGGACCUCCUCACCUGGUCGGUCGCCUACUUCAGAUCCAUGACAAACGGCACCGUGCCCCCCGUCAAGGACAGGCUCGAGUUCCCGGUUCCUGAAUCGAAGGGCGGCAUCUCCCCCGGAAUCCUGCGAGUGCUUCACCGUCAGCUGGGCAGCGAAGGCAGCAUAGAAUGGGGAGCCCUUCAGGAGGUGUGCGAGGCCAUGGGCGUGGAGGAGGCGAUGGCCCAGGAGGCGUGGAAGCGGGCUGGGGGCGGAGACAAGGGCGCGGUCGAAUGGGACCACGUACUGACCCACAUCGCAGGACUGGCCACCCACUCCGACCCGGAAGCCCUGCAGCUGGUAAUGGCGACCAUCUCGGAGGACCCAGUUGGCCAUAAAGUGCCAGCUGACACCAUUGUGGACCAUCUCCAUCGCCUGCACACCCAUAGCAAUAUCGUGCCCACUGACCAGUACAACGAUACCGUUGGUUACCUCAACGAUAUUGCAAACUACCAGGAUGGGUUUUUGGCGCCCUCGGAUCUCACAAGGCCUUCGUGUCCUCUCGUUAACUAGGUGGAGGAGGGUCACUUGACACCCAUUUUCACUUCGGUGUUAUCUCUAAUGUGAAUUCGUAUACGAUAGUGAGACUUUUGCCUCUGAGUGUAUUACAGGCUCGUGUUAUAGUAAAAUUGCGAUGGUGUAUUACGAGAAAGUAAUUUUUUCUCAGUUAGAUUAUCAUGCUGUGCCAUGAAUAGGUAUAUGUAGUUUGUUUUUUUUCCCUUAAGUUCCACGAAAGCCAGUGCCUAGUAUAAUUGGAUUGGUGAUGGGGACCACAGAUUUGCCUGAAUUAAUUGGCGAAUCCUUUACCAUACAUUAAAGUUUAACUUAAUGCUCUGCUCUGACCAGUUCUAAUCUUUACCGACUCCUAUUAUUAUAGAAUAUUAUGUAAUGUGCUAUUCAAGAGGAUUUAUUAUAGCUAUAGCAAUGUUGUUUUGCACAAUACUCAUAGUCCUACGUUGAAAUAUCUAAUGCUACACUAAUGUAUUCAGGGAUGAAUGAUUAAUUAAUUCCUUUUUUUUCAUGUAAUGCUUGUUUUUAAUUAUCCGUGAAAUACAUUGUGGUGCUUCGCGUCUUCUGCCCGAAGAAAAGUGUACAAGGUAAAUUAUGGUAGCACAGGAUUAUGAAAUCCGAGUAACCAUCAUUUAUAGCUAUUGUCAGCUGUACAGAGGAGGAGAUGAUUAUUGUAGUUCAGAAUACAAAUAAAUUAAAUUAGCAGAAA